AUGCCUCCCAAAAAGGCUACCGUUGUCCCCAAAAAACCCGCGGCGAGGGCCGCGAAGACCGCAGCCGCAGCUAAGGCCGAUACUAAGACCGUCGCAAAGACCGCCGCGCCCAAAGCCGCCGCGCCCAAGACCAAGACCAAGACUAUAAGCAAGUCCACCAGCAAGACCACGUCCGAGCCUACCAGUCGUGCUCGGGGAUCCACAAAGAAAAUGAGCUCUGAAACCACCUCCAAGACUUCCGUGAAAAAGACUGAGCCUGCUCGCAAAACAAAGGCGACAGCUACUACCACCACCACCGCGUCAAAGAAGCGCAAGGCUGAUGAAGAUGAGGAGAAGCCUCGCGAGCCCAAAAAAGCUCGUGUCAUUGCGCAGCCGCGCGUAUCCAAGCCUAAGACUGUCAAGGCGGCCAAAGUCGUCAAGCCUAAGGUUGUCAUCAAUGAAGCUCCCAAGACUAAGCUAAAUGUUUUUGUUUGCGGUGAGGGAAGCUCCGGUGAGCUUGGUUUAGGCGCUGCCAAGAACGUCAUUGACGUGAAGCGACCUCGUCUGAACCAGCUCCUGGCCGCCGACAAAGUCGGUGUCGUGCAGGUGGCUGUCGGUGGUAUGCACUGCGUUGCCUUGACCCACGAUAACCAGAUCUACACCUGGGGUGUGAAUGACCAGGGCUCUCUGGGACGUGAAACCAACUGGGAUGGCGGAUACAAGAAUGUGGACGAUGGCAGCGACUCGGAUUCCGAUGAUGAAGAUAGUGGCUUGAACCCCAAGGAGUCCACUCCUACCGCUAUCCCCGCGAGCGCCUUCGCCGAAGGAACUGUUUUUGUUCAAGUUGCCGCUGCCGACAGUGCCAGUUUUGCUUUGACCGAUGAUGGCCAAGUUUACGGCUGGGGAACCUUCCGAAGCAAUGAUGGAAUCCUCGGAUUUGAUGCAGACAACCGCGUCCAGAACACUCCUGUCCUGCUCCCUGACUUAAAGAAGAUUAAGCACCUCGUGUGUGGUGCUAACCAUGUCCUUGCAUUAAAUGAGAAGGGAGGUGUGUACUCCUGGGGCUCUGGCCAGCAGAACCAACUCGGUCGCCGAAUUGUCGAGCGUAACAAGCUGCACGGCCUGCAGCCACGUGAAUUCGGACUUCCCAAGAAGAUUGCGCACAUCGGAAGUGGAUCCUAUCACUCCUUCGCAGUCACCACGGAUGACAAAGUCUUCUCAUGGGGUUUGAACAGCUUCGGUGCCACAGCCAUUCGUGACGGCGCUGGUGAUGAUGAAGCCGCCAUUGUGCACCCUCUUCCUGUGGCCUCGCUCACGGACCGAAAAAUCACCCAGAUCUGCGGUGGCUCGCACCACUCCGUUGCUCGCACUGCUGAUGGCGAGUGCCUGGUUUGGGGUCGUCUGGAUGGAUUCCAGAGCGGCCUGAAGGUAGACUCUCUCAGUGACGAUGCUGUUAUCAAGGAUGAGCGUGAACGCCCUCGUAUUCUCAUUGAACCGACUGUUGUACCUGGCAUUAAGGCUGAGGUUGUUGCUGCUGCUUCAGACCACUCACUUGCCAUUGAUACCGAUGGCCGUGCUUGGUCGUGGGGUUUCUCUGCCACCUACCAGACCGGGCAGGGUACUCAGGAUGACAUCGAGGUUGCUACAAUCAUUGACAACACUGCUGUUCGUGGCAAAAAACUGAACUGGGCCGGUGCUGGUGGACAAUUCUCCGUGUUCACCUCGGCUGCCGACCUUUAG